CGCCAGUCACUUCUAAUUUGCCGUAGUGCUGUGAUGCGCAUUGAAACCAAGAUGGCGUCUACGGAAUAGUGAGUGUUGAACGCAUAAUGUUUUAUAACUUCAGUUUGUUCUAUGCCAGUGCUAGAUUAACAAAUUCUGACAGAAAUUCAGUUUGGGCCGAGAGUGGUGUUGCUAAAAAAGCUAUCCUAGAUGGUUAGCUAGCAUGAUAUCAGUAGUAUCUAGCUAGUAUGCGACCAGUUUAGUACAGCAAUAACUAUUCUAGUCACAAGUUAACUUGCUGUAUUAGCUAUCCUAAAAGCAUGAUGGAGGCUCCGUGCGAGGAGGAACUGCGGCCGGUGCCACGUGAACGGGCGAUUCUGGAGAGUUUCUUCACGCAGCUCGGAAUGUUCUCGUUUGACCGGGCGAAGGACUAUGUGGAGAAAGAGAAGGACAACAGCAAGAGCGCAGGAGCCAUCUGGGCCGCUCUCCUCGUCGCCUUCGCACACCUUGCCGCAGCGGAGAAGGCCUAUCACAACAUGACGUUCCUGGGACAAAAACUGGGCGGCCAGUCGUUCUUCAGCCGCAAGGACUCCAUCCGCACCAUCUACACCUCCCUGUUCAACGCGCUGAGGAAGGUGGUGACCAUGGGGCGCCACGCCCAGCCAGGUUCCGCACCCUACCUGGAGGACCUGCUGUCUCACCUGUCGGAGCAGCUGUGCCACUUUACCCAGGCCCGUAUGGAGAUGGCUGACCUGUACGAGAAGAUGCACGCGCUGGGCAGCCAGAAGAACAUCAACUCAGAGGAGCUGGUCACCACCCUCGACGCAGUGCUGCAGAAAUACAGCUCCAGGUUCCACCACCCCAUCCUGGGCCGCUUGGAGGGGAGCUUCCAGACAGAGGUGGAUGUGGUGACACAGCUGCUGCGCUGCCAGGCCCAGGUGUCAGAGUGGCACUUCCUGCCCGCCCUGCUCAGCCUGCAUGGGGCUAGCUCUAAGCUCACCGCCUGGGGACAGCUCUUCCAACGCCAGAGGGAGACCCGCAAGCACCUGUUCGGAGGCCAGUCCCAGAAGGCAGUGCAGCCGCCCCACCUGUACUUGUGGCUGCAGCGCCUCCAGGGGGCGCUCCUGGCUAAAUUCAGCUUCUACUUCCAUGAGGCGCUGAGCCGUCAGACUGCGUCCGCAGACAUGAAGGCCCUGACGGCACGCACGGUGCCCGAUUACCACGGCAAGAUCUGUUCGUUUAUCCGCAAACACGAUGCCAACAACGUGUCCCUGGUGUUCGACAACCGCGGCUUGGACAGCUUCCAGGGCCACGGCUACCACCACCCGCACUCGUACCGCGAGGUGCCCAAGGGGGUGGAGCAGUUCCCUGCUGUGGUGUCCCUUCCCGGGGGUGAACGGCCGCUCACGCACUGGCCCAACGUCAUCAUGAUGAUGGGCGACCGCGAGGCGGAGCUCAACACGCUGGACAAGGUGGUGCACUUCUACGACGACAAAGUCCAGAGCACUUACUACCUGACCCGACCGGAAUCACACUUCACCCUGGUGGUCAUCUUCGACGGCAGGAAGUCCGAGAAGGACUCGCACAUCACCGCCUUCCUGCAGGAGAUCUCUGGCUCGCUGAGGAACUCCAAACCAUUCAGCACCCUCAAACCUGGCUCCAAGGGUUGAGAGAGAGAUAUGACCUGCUUUAUAUACUACGCACACCACCAUAAACAGAGCUCUUAUAACGAUACACACACAACCUCUCUGCCCCUUAUGGGGACACAGAGAGACGAGGCAUUGUUCCAGUUCCAUAGACAGACAGGCCGAUACAGACAGAAGUUGUCUAAUCAUUAGGAAAGCUUCUUGUGUGACAUUGUUGCAGAGAAUGCCUUCAACCCAUGGUCCAACUGUUUGUUCUGUUGAGCGUCAUGCUUUGAAUCCUUUAGUUUGUUUUGACAAAUCAGUUCCAGACCAAAGAUGCGUCACUGACUAUAUUAGACGCAGUGUGGCCUUCUCACAGUGAACUGCUCUAUUGAGACAUUUUACCGGUUUCUUUGACUUGAUUCUAUUCCAUCACAGGAUAGCCAACUUCCUACCCCUGUCAGGGAUAUAAUGGUGCUAUGUACUGAAAAACAUUUUGUUUAAUUUAUGUAUACUUUUGUUAACAUUGAUGUUUGUAUACCGUUUUAACAGAAGUGUUUAAUUUGGA